AUGAAUUGUGCCAGUUUAGAUGCAGUUUCUGGUUCUUUCAAACUUAAAGAAGAAAGUAACUAUCUGAAAAGUCCUGAAAUUAUUCUAAAAAAUGAAUAUCAAACAAUCAAGUAUCUUAUAAUUAAAGAAGGUGUAUAUCUACCAAAGCAUAAACUUAAAUAUACUCAGUAUCUUGCAAAGCAUCCUAUACCUCAUAAUUAUGUUUAUUUAGACAAAUUUGUAGAGUCAGACCAGUCAACUUCUCAUGCUACACAAUUAUAUUGUUUAGAAAAACGGUUACUAGAAUUUGUAGAAAAAGAAAAAGAAAAUUUUUUUCAUCAAAAUGAUAAUAUCGUUCUUAAGCAAACAAAGUUUGAAAUCAAUGGUUCUAUAUAUAAUAUCAAUUAUGGAAAAAUCAAUAAACAAAAAAUAGAAUUACAGAUACAAGCUAUUGUAAAGUUAAUUGAUCAUAAUCGAAUUUCUCAGGAUGCAUAUAGGUCUUUGGCUAGACUUGACGAAUCGCUAAUUAGAGCUGGAGCA